CCUUUGAUAACGUACUCAAUGUGGACGACAAUUUUGUUAUUCAAUAUAAAAUAUUUUAUAAAAAUAUAAAGCAACAUGGAAAUGGAUACAGUACAUGUUGGUGAUAAAAAAGUAGAUUUAGACAGUGUUUUGGAUCAGUUCGGACUCUUCAAACGGUACCACUUAGAAAGGAUUGGCUUGAUAUCUCUGGCUCUCUUUGCCAAUGCGGUGUACUCCAUGAAUUAUGUGUUUGCCACGGAAGCUGUGUCAUACAGUUGCAAAGAUGAUUUGGAAAAUAUAUCACUUUGUAAACGGUACAAUUCUUCUUACAAAUGCUCAGAAUGGGUGUAUGAAAAUCCUGAUAGUUUUUUCGCGUACUUUGAUUUAGCCUGUCAAGAAUGGAAGCGAACACUUGUGGGGACGGUGCACAGUUUUGGAUGUAUGUUUGGUUUGCUGCUCGUAGGUCCCAUGUCCGAUCGGUUUGGCAGGAAACCUAUAGCAGUGAUUACUGGAGUUUUAGGCGCAGUAUUUGGUACUUUGCGAAGUUUCUCUUUGUGGUACUGGUUCUAUGUAGCGUUGGAGUUUAUUGAAGGUGCUAUAGGAGACAAUGUUUCACCAAUGUUUGUGAUGACAUUGGAACUUGUGUCAACAAAAAAGAAGCUAUUGGCUUUCUUCACAGUAAUCAUUGGGUUCGUUCUCGGUGGAGCUACAUUACCUUUAAUAGCUUGGGCAACACCCAAUUGGAGGUGGUUCCUCCGAGCCAUAUACUUGCCUGGCUUCUUAUUCCUCGGCUACAAGUAUUUUCUGGAUGAGAGUCCAAGAUGGCUUCUGACAAAAGGAAGGAAGGACGAGGCGGUGACGAUACUCAAAAAUGCUGCAAAAAAGAAUAAAUUAGCCAUAGACACAGACUCUCUACAAAACCUUACAUGUGAAGUUACUGAAAAAGUUCCCUUCACAGAAUUGUUGAAACAAACGUUUAUGUCCAAGAAACUGAGGAAUCGAUUCAUUGUAUGUUUGAUAUGGUGGACAACGUCAACUUUUGUCAACUACGGGUUGAUGAUCAACUCCGUUUCUUUGCAAGGAAACAAAUAUGUCAACUUCAUGUUGGCAGCGUUAAUUGAUUUGCCGGGAUCUUUAAUUAUUACUUACAUAUUAACGAAUUGUAGGAGAAAAUAUCCAUUGAUGCUUUCGUUUUUCACGGGCGCUGCCUUGUGUAUAGCACAACCGUUUCUACCGACACAUUUGCCAUGGCUUUCAAUUAUGGUGUAUAUGGCAGGGAAACUGAUGUGUACCUUCUACUUCUAUAUAACGUACAUAUACACCGCGGAGUUGUUCCCGACAUAUACCAGAAACUCUAUGCACUCACUGUGUUCGUCUAUCGGUCGCAUCGGCUCCAUUGUCGCUCCACAGACACCGCUUCUGGAGAUGUAUUGGCCCGGUCUACCCUCAUUCGUGUUCGGGCUGGCAGCCUUCAUCGCUGGCCUGACCACGCUCCUCGUUCCUGACAUAGUCGACGACGCGCUGCCCGACACUGUUCACCAGGCAGAAUUGCUCGGGGAAUCGAAGUCUGUUGGGCUGACAUUGAAAAAUUAAAUAUUGUGAACAUCAAAUAAAUAUUUUAUUUGUUA